AUGGACAUGAUCAGUCAAUGUUCAGAGGAUUUGAUCUUUAGAAUACUGUCGCUUGUUACGACAAAAGACGUCCUGGCCAUGAGCUGUGUGUCGAGGAGAUGGCGGUCUCUUUGGAAUCUAGUGUCAAGACUUGAUUUUGAUGACAGCAAUCAUGAGAAUGACUAUAAGCGCUUUACGCAGUUUGUUUACGAGACUUUGCGGUUGAACAAGGCCCCUUUUCUAGAGAAGUUGCAUCUCAGCCUUGGUCCUAAGUGUGACGCCGUAGAUGUUGGGAUAUGGAUUGACACUGCGGUUUCUCACCGCCUGCGCGACCUCAUUGUCCAAGUCAGGCCGGGGUCAGGUUCGGUCAGUUUGCCGGGUAGCCUAUUCACAUGUGAAACUCUAGAGACCCUGGUGCUUGCACGUUGCCGUGUUUCGGAUGUUCCUUGUUUUCUCCCGUCCCUGUGGAAGAUGAGCCUUAGGGAUGUGGUUUACGCAUCUCUUCCUAAGCUUUUAUCCGGUUGUCCUAAUCUCGAAGUACUUAAAUUGGUGGUGGAAAGAGAAGAAGAAGAAGAAGAAGACCAGGGAGAGGUCGACGACAUCACUGUGGCGGUGCCUUGUUUAUGGUUACUGGAGUUUUGCGACGUAAGAAACGGAAGUAAGGGUGGCGUGCAUGUGAUAGAAGCUCCUCUACUCGAGUGCCUUAAAAUUGUCGACGACGUUGUUUACGACUCCCGUAGAAUCGAGAAUAUGCCUAAUUUGAUGGCCGCACAUGUUGACAUCACUCAAGGAGUUACCCACAGGUUUCUGAGAGCUCUUGCUUCUGCCACCCGCCUUUACCUUUGUGUAUCACUACUUUCUGAGGUUCCUAGUAUGAGCAUCCACUUCUAUCGGCUUGUUCAUCUCGAGCUAAAUACAUGUGCGCAAGGUUGGUGGGAGCUUCUCUCACAGAUGCUCCAAAGUUCCCCAAAGCUAGCAUCUCUCAAACUCACGGAUGAACAUGAGCUUGAAUUUCCUAGUGAAGAAACCCCGGAUUGCUGGAAGCGGCCGAGUUCUGUUCCCAAAAAUCUUGAAACUUUUGCGUGGAGCGGUUACAAAGGAAGACAAGGAGAUAUAGAGAUGGCUACGUAUGUCAUCAAUAAUGCUACUCGUUUGAAGACAGCCACUUUCUCUCCUCAAUGCAUCGAUUUUGAAGCCAAAGAUAGGAUGCUCAAGGACUUGGUGUCUGUAUCUAGGCUUUCACUUUCGUGUCGGCUUCUCUUUGACUGA